AUGAGUCCACCCAACUAUAUCCCCAGCAGAGUGGAUCGCCAGGAUGUAUCGGCCGGAGGGCGAGUACUGAUACUCGUAGCUGCUCACCACGGCCAACGUGAAGGGCGUCAGCACAACACCCCGAAUGUACAAGCAGUGGAGGUGAUUGUACAAAUUGAGCAACACCGGCUCUCCGUCAUCGGUGUCUACAGGAGCCCGUCGGCCACCAUAGAGGUGAAUCAGAUACUGCUAGAGAUGUUAACUGAACAAGCUGAAUCUAGUGACCGGACAUUGUUAGUAGGAGACUUCAACGCUCCGGAAAUCGAUUUGAGCACCGAAACGGCCCCACUGGGGACAUUCGGGGAAAGGUUACUUGAAAUGUUGCAUCGUAGGGCCCUGAUCCAACAUGUGACCGGCGAGAUCAGAUGGAGGUUCAGGCAAACAGCUUCCACUCUAGACCUAGUGUGCACAAAGUUUCCCAACGAGGUGCGGGGAACUGUUGUAGAAGAUCCGUUGGGAAAAGCGACCACGGAGUUAUAA